AUGGUCUCCUGUCCCAUCUGUGCGAAUUCGGUGCCGCAGCUGAAGAUCAACGACCACAUUGACUCCGACUGCCAGAAGUUCAUCGAAGACCCGGCCUCGUCCCCGACUGACCAGCCCGGUUCCCAAAAGCAAGUGGCUAGCAUUUUCCAGCCGCCGUCCGCACGCAAAGCCUCGUCUCAGCCUAGCGUGACCAAAGAAUCACCGUCACGCCCCCAUGCAUCAACCCCGCGCUUGAAUGGCAAGAGAUCCUUUGUGCAGGAACCGGAUACGCCGCAAGACCGAGAUGGAUCAAGCCAACCGAAUGGCGCAUCCGCAGAGCCGCCGGCGAAACGCGCCAAAGUCAGUGCCUUUCAGAGAGCCGCUCCACUAGCAGAGCGUAUGCGACCUAAGACGUUGGAUGAGGUUUGCGGUCAGGAGCUGGUUGGUUCGAACGGAGUGCUUCGCGGACUUAUCGAGCAGGACAGAGUUCCGAGCAUGAUACUGUGGGGUAGUGCGGGCACAGGAAAGACGACCAUUGCACGAGUCAUCGCAUCGAUGGUCGGCAGCCGGUUUGUGGAAAUCAACAGCACAAGUUCUGGUGUUGCGGAAUGCAAGAAGAUCUUCUCCGAGGCUCGGAGUGAACUCGGUCUAACCGGCAGAAAGACGAUCAUUUUCUGUGAUGAGAUUCAUCGGUUUUCCAAAUCCCAACAGGAUGUCUUUCUGGGACCGGUCGAGAGUGGACAGGUCACGCUCAUUGGUGCCACAACCGAGAAUCCCUCGUUCAAGGUCCAGAAUGCUCUUCUCUCACGCUGCCGGACCUUCACCCUGGCCAAGCUCACGGAUGAAGAUGUCACUGCUAUUCUCAAUCGCGCACUGAGGGUAGAAGGCCCAAACUACUCGCCCUCGGCACUGGUCGACGAUGAACUGGUGCAGUAUCUCGCUAAAUUUGCCGACGGUGACGCCCGAACCUCUCUCAAUCUCCUCGAGCUGGCCAUGGACCUGUCCAAACGCCGAGAUAUGACCAAGGAGGAGUUGAAACGAUCUCUAACCAAAACUCUCGUUUAUGACCGCGCCGGUGAUCAACAUUAUGACACCAUUUCAGCUUUCCACAAGUCUAUCCGCGGGAGUAACCCGGAUGCAGCGUUGUAUUACCUUGCUCGCAUGAUUCAAUCCGGGGAGGAUCCGCUGUACAUCGCCCGGCGGCUGAUCGUUGUUGCGUCGGAGGACAUUGGGCUUGCCGAUAACACCAUGCUCACUCUGGCCAUCUCCACUCAUUCUGCUGUUGAGAAAAUCGGCCUUCCCGAGGCGCGAAUCAAUCUAGCGCAUGCCACUGUUGCGAUGGCCAUGUCGAAGAAAAGCACACGAUCAUAUCGGGCUUUGAACAAUGCAUUUGCGGCACUGAACGAGCCAGGUGUGGCGGGACUGCCGAUUCCCAUUCACCUGCGGAAUGCGCCCACGAAGCUCAUGAAGGAGCUUGGGUACGGCAAGGAGUAUAAAUAUAAUCCGAACUAUGAGAAUGGAGAGGUGGUGCAGGAAUAUCUACCCGACCAGCUCCAGGACCGGACGUUCUUGGAGGAUCUCGACCUGGGGACAAUGCGAGACCCUGAUCUGAGCAGGCUCUGA